CUGCUUUUUCUUCUUUUUGAUGGUUCCCUAGUAGUCACUCCAAUUCCGACGACUGAAGUCCAGAAGAUUAAGAAACGCUUGGGUAGCCCUCUGAUCACAGCCACCAUGUCUAGGGACGCUCAGAAUGCUCAGAACCCUCAGAACUUCCCUCAACCUCGUUCAAUCCGCCCAGUUAUUCUUUCAGAACAAGAAAUAGCUUCUCAGCCUGAUGAGACAUUCCCUCGCGGCGAGGUCAGUUGGAAGACACUGUUCACGUCAAGUCGCACGCCCACCGACUCUUUGAGUACUGGCAUCGCCGUCUGUCCUGCAAAGACUGGUCAUCUAUGUGCCCAUCGCCACGCACAAGCAGAGGUCUAUUAUAUCAUCCAAGGUCGAGGGACGGUCAAGAUCGAUGGCAACGAGACCGCCGUGCAGGCUGGGAGUGUGGUUUUUAUCCCAGGGGAUGCAGAACACGCCAUCUGGAAUUUAGACGAUGAGCCUCUGCAAUGGUUUUAUGUCUUUCCCACAGACGCUUUUGAAGAUGUCAUCUAUCGGUUCUCCUAAGUUCAGACUGUGAUGGACCUCCAUUGAAACGAGACAGAUGCAGAGAUCGAGGAGAGGUUUAGAUAGGGCAAUAGCCCGUAUAUAUCCUAGACGAGUAGACAUUGAUAUUUCACGGGAAUAGACACCAAUUCAUCACAGA